CAAAACGAAUCAAUCUUCCGGUUGUUAUUGUAUUCCGGCGAUCACCUAAGAUUGCUCAUCUGCUCAUGUCGAUGACAUCGCGCCGAUCAAGGGCCGUGACAAGUGGUAUCAGAGCCGAGGAUAUCCUGGGUGGGGCGCGUGCGAGUCGCGUCCUUCUCGGCAGCCAUGAGGAAGAUCCUCCACAUCCAGGGCGGGCAGUGCGGCAACCAGAUUGGGGCGAUCUGCGACGAGCACGGGGUCGGCGCCACGGGCCGCUACGUGGGGAAUUCGGACCUCCAGUUUGAGCGCAUCAACGUCUACUACAACGAAGCCAGCAGCGGCCAUUUCGUCCCUCGUGCCGACCUCAUGGAUCUCGAGUCCGAGACCAUGGACUCUGUGCGCUCCAGCCCCUUCGGCCAGAUCUUCCACCCCGACAACUUCGUCUUCGGACAGUCCGGCGCCGGCAUCAACUGUGCCAAGGGGCACGACACCGAGGGCGCGGAGCUCAUCGACUCUGUCCUCGACGUCGUCUGCAAUGAGGCCGUGAACUGCGACUGCCUCAGGGCUUUUGACAUUACAGCUCCAGGAGGUGACGUGAUCUCUGGUGGUUUUGACGACUCUGCUAGUUGGAACAACAACAUGGUUUGGGUUGUUGACAACAGCGACGAUGGCCAUGGUUGCCACAACUGCGUUCCAGUUCUGAUUGAAAGUAUGGACUCUCUGGUGUUCAACGAAAUGCCGCUGGAGAGUGUGAUUUGGGAUGAGGAAGCCAAGCAUGGAGAUGUGGUGAACCUGGAAGGGAAGGGUGACCAGACGCACAACAAUUGCGAGCAGGGUGUUGUUCCUAAUGCUCCAUGGAAGUUGGGUGAUCCGUUGUUCAGUAAAGUGGGUCUAAAAGUGGCAUGGGAUGGGGAGAUGCAAUUUGAAUCUCAUACGCAUGAAGGGUUAUUGCUCAAGGUGGAGAAGUCUUAGAUGAAUCGGCUGAGAAGGAGGGUGAGGUGGUAGAUGAGACCAGCAGGUCUGAUGUACUGAGUGAGGCAGCUGCUAUGGUUAUGCAUGGUGGAAGCAUGGAGGAGCUUCUUCCUGCUAGUGCUGGCAGUGUGAUAGAGGAUAGCCUGGAGAAGGAGCAGAAUGAUACCAGUGAAGAAGAGGGGAAAUAUCUUGCAGUAUCUAAAGAAGGGGCUGAGAAUGAGGUGUUGCAGUUUCAGUUAGCAGACGAUGAAAUAAGGGAGGAUAAAGAUAACCAAACUGAAGCGAGAAAAGGGAAUACUGCUAAUACCUUGCAGUGUGACCUGUUAGACAGUGCGCUCGGCCUGGAGGAAAAGCAUGGCGAUGAAGAUGCAUCAAAAUCACAGACAUCCAACUCUGAUAGAAUAGGAUUCUUCAUUCCUGUCAUGUCUUUUAUGGGACACAAUGGUGAGGAAGGAAUUAAUAGCACACCAACUAAGGGACAUAUAUCUGAGGUAGAUCCUUCGGAAGUAUCAGGAACAACAUCUCCAAAAUUGCCUUCAAAUUCGGAAGAAGUCCAUGUAGCAGAAGAAAAGCUUGAUAGCUCUACCGAGACACCUGCAUCUAAGGUUGGUGAUGCUGAAUCAUCAGAAGUAUCACAAUCUACAGGACAUCCUUCAACAGUAGAAGACAUCCAGGUCCAUCAAGUUAGCAAACAUCCUGGUCCUAGUGAUGAAGUAGAGCCAAAUCAGCUUAGAGGGUCUGUUGGAGACUUACCUGAGGGUAGUGCCUCGUCGGCGACUACCAAAAUACAUCAAUCAGGUGACACCGAGACAAGGGAAUCUAUUCAUACAAGAAUGGGAUUGGAAGAUACAUCUGAUAGGAAUAUUUUGCAGGCACAACUAGCAGAGUCUGCAUUAGAACCUGCUGAACCUGAAGAAUCUUUAGCAAUAGAAGAGGUUCUUGUAACUACAAGCAAUGAGGCGGAUAAAGAAUCAGCUGCUGUCAUUGAGGCUGUACCAGCCUUGUGUGAGACAACUGGUCCCAAGGAGGCUGCUGCUACUGAAAAAGCAGUGAAAGAGGUUGACAACAUUGUGAAAUCUUUGGAUGAAUUCACCUUCGAGGAGGGAGAAUCAAAGGAGAUGCAAAGAAGCAGCCGCAAGAUUAUGUUUCUGUUGAUAUUGUUGAUAAUAGAUUACUGCCUCAUUUGCCACACGGGUUUUCACAAAACAGUGAGCAAUAUAAGGUGGAGCAGUCCCCACAGAUUAUAUGUGAACAAGGUUCUACGCAUCCGGGCCAGUAUGAUGAGGAUACAUCUUUAUCUUUAACAGAUAUUCACAUGGGUGUAUCCUUCCAGAACUUACUGAUUCAAAGGCACCACUUGGAUUUCUAUUCACCAAUCAACGUAAUUUUUGAAGCCUAUGCAGCAAAGUUCGAUUCAUCUAGCGGUUCUUUUGCACAAAGGAAUUCCAAAUUGCUGAAGGAAACUGUGAACAUGCAACCUGAGCAGGCUGACUAUUAUGUCGUUCGCAAUCACAUUGUAGUGCUCUGGUGUUCUAGUCCUUGCACUAAUGCUGAUGAGUAUCACGCCAUUGUUGUUGCUGCUGAUUUUGGAGACAUCGUUUUCAACCAGUUUUUGGACAAAGUUUGUCGGUUGAGACAGGUGGUUGUAGAUGUUGCACCACAUGGUGUUGAAGUGACGUUAGGCAUGGCACUUGCAGCAUUCCGGGCAGCACGUGGUGUUGCAGCUAAGCAUGAAGCGAAAUUGUUUCUGGACUGGCAUUUGGAAAUCUGUGUAUGCUAUUGCUGCCUCCCUUACUGAUCUCUCCAUGGCCUUAUGGGAUCUGUAUGAUCCAUACGAAGUGAGCAGAGACCACUGCUAUGUUCCUGGUGGCAGUUCUCAUUUUGUUCGUGCAUUUACUAAUGGAAUCUUGAUAGUCUACGGCAGAACGUACCAAGGAAACAAUAUGGAGGUGAUGAGUGGGUGCACGGUGAUAAGAUGGCAUUCCAUGGUGAUAUGGUCCUACGGUCCCUCUUGGCAUGCUUCUUCUUUGGAUAACUAGACCUUGGGAUCCAGGCAUUUUGUCUGCAUUGCAUGUCAGUGUUGCUUGGGGACAAGCAACGCUUUGACGGGGCGGUAAUGUAACAUCCGGCCAAUGUUAGAGAUUGCACAUACAAGUACUAGUGAGUACGUAUUUGAAUUUGUAAUGGUGGUGGGCCGUACCGGGCCGUAGUGGGCUAUACCCAUGACAUUAGUAUAAGUAUGUUGUAAGACUUGAGGAAGGGGCAUCCAAGAAAUACCAAAACCAAAACGAAUCAACCUUCCGGUUGUUAUCGUAUUCAUCGAUCACCUGAGAUUGCUCAUCUGCUCACGUCGGUGACGCCGCGCCGGCCAAGGCCGAGCCCGUGAUAGAGGACGGUGGUGGCCACGGUCCUGGAGCGACUCGGUGACGGGAUCUGGAAGUUGGCACAGAGGAGCGAGGAAAGGCCGAGCCCGAGAAGCAUCGUCGAGGACACAACCGGCAUGUGGUGGUCUUUUUGGUCGGCGGCGUCGUGGGCAGCUGGUUGUUGCCGUCGAAGCUCGAAGAAGCCUCGAUUCGUCGAAAGGUUGCAAAGUGGACAUCCCCUAUUUCUAUAGUUUCAUGUUUCAUGCAUAUGAUGGUCAGACUUGUGUCCAAUAUAUUUUGCAAACCUGAAAUGUCAACUACAUUUUGGAGACAUCCGUCAAGAAUAGCACAGCAUCCUGUUAGGUGUCUUCAGAAACUGGAAUGCAGACACUGCCCAUAGUUGUUGGAUACUUGGGGCUUGUGGUAGUAAUGGCAACUUUUAGAUGACUUAUUUUUUUCAUACGAUGUCUAAAUACUUGCAGACACACUGUCCAUUGUUUGAGGUUUUAGAGAUGUUAGCAAAACAGUUUUUUCCUCAAUGAGUUGGGCUCUGUUUCGGACUCCUACUGUUCUGUUA